AUGAUCAGCGGCAUCCUGGGACUCAAAAAGUCAAAGUCCUGGAAGGUGACCCUGAAGUUUGCGGCCAACGACAACAACAGCUGGCUGCGCUCCUACCACAAGCCGUACGCCCUCGAGAUGGUGCUGUUUGCCUAUUACGGCGCCAUGCUGGGCAUAAGCAUCUGGUACGAGGACUGGGGCCUCACCGCGUACAACGCGGUGAUGUCGCUGUCGUUCCUCAUCGUCAGCUUUGGGGAUUACUUCUUGUAG